AUGGUGCUGUGCGAGGAGCUGAAGCAGAACUUGGACACCGUGUGCCGCCAGAAGGCACAGUGUGGUCUCGAAGCUGGCGAGUUGAGACGCCAGCGGGACCAGGCGUGCGAGCAUGCACAGCGGCUCGAGCAGCAAAUGGCCUCCCUCCAGGACAGCCACGCACGAGAGGUGGAGCUGCUGUUCCAGCAGAUGGGUGACCUGAAAGAGAAGAACCGCUGCCUGUCGGCCGUCAACCAGGAGCAGGGCAGGCAGCUGCAGGAGGAGCUGUCCAAGCGAGGUUUUUCCUCGGAGGCGGACGCUAUCUGUGCUAAGCUGCAGCUGCGCCAGGAGCUGGAACAACUGCGCGAGGAGCUGCUGCUCAAGGACGAGCAGCUGCGCGCUCUGGCGGCCAAGUUUGGCCGCUUCCGCAAGGCAUACGAAGACAACUACCAGCGAGCCACCGACGACAUUGACAAGCUCGACACCAUGCUCGAGCGUGUCAUCGAGACACUGGAGGCUGAGCCCGAGGCCGUGUCCAGCUGCCCAGCGCUCAGGCAGCUGCUGCACAACCUGCGUGGUGGAGGUGCAGGCGAUGCUGCAAGCACACCAUCCGGUGACAACCUCAGUAAUCGCAAGAUGCCCACAGCUCUCUAGCAUGGACACAGGCGGUCGUCUACUCGUGAGGGAACUGCCAUCUUGUUUCUGCAAAAGCCUUGCUUGUAGAGUUUAGUUCCACCGUCCACACCGCUGCACGCUCGCAAUGCAGCAGUAGCGUCCACGCACAAUGCGUCCAGCAACUACUGCAGCACGCUCUCUUGUUCUGCUGCCAACAGACAACUUUCAAGCAUCGUUGUGCAAAGAGGCAUCUUUUUAUGCCUGUGUGGAAUUUCGUUUGGUGUUUGCCUCUCUUGGCUAUAGUUAAUCCAAGUGUUUCUGUGUAAUUUUUAGCUGUGAACAAAUGACUUUAUUCACUGAGUUGCACCAUUAUUUUACAGUGUAAAACUUGGCAUGCUUGUAAUAUAUACAUACAUAUACAUAUAAUUAUUAUCCAAUCAAGAUACAUCUUGUGUCUAAUGACUGUACGCGGGAGUAGGUCAAAGUGUCAGACCACAGAUUAAAAAUGUGAAAGCAAAAGACAAGCGAAACUGUGAAAGGUCGUAAUAUUUUUCACUGCGAGUUCUCCUCGCAACAUUCCGCACAAUUUUUUUCUUUUUGGAACCAAGCCAAUGUGUUCUCAGGGUAGUUUCAUCUUUUAUCUGCCUUGCUUUUACAUUCAUUAACCUAACUUAUAAGUUUCACUUUUCCUAAUUUCCUCUUUUGGGAAAGCAGCCAACUGGUCCAAUUUUUGGCAAAUUGUCAAAUUUUAUUCCAGGCUCUCUAGGGGUAUUAGCUGUCUUAUCAUGCUGAGUGUUGCCUAGACAUGGCUCUUCCCACUGUACCACUGGUGGGUUGCUACUAAUGCAGAGAUUGUACAUUGCAGUGAGUUCAGCAUAGUACUUCACUUGUGAGUGUACCCUGCCCGAUUUAUUCACAUUUGACAAAAACUCACAAGGUCUCUUAUGCAUUCAAUUGAGAUGACUCGAAGGCAAAAAGCUUUCUUCUCCUCAGACCUCACGUGGUGUUGCACUGCUUCCAAGAUCGGCCCACCUUUGACCAAGCGAGAUGUCACGUGAUUACCUUGUCAUAUGUCAUGAUGACGUUACAAAUUUUGGAAAUCUGUCAAGUCAUGGUGAUGUACAUCAUCACAUCUUGUAUGACAUCACCCAAUUUUUAGUACCGUUUGUGUAGAUGCUGGCGACAGUCAUCACCGUUUGCGUUUGAUGAGGCAUAUAAGGCCUUCGUCUUAAUAAAAUGUCACAGUUUCGCCGCAACGGUGAAGCAAUGAAUGCGAUAGCAACAAAUUAGAAUGUCACACGAAGAACGGCAAGCAGCUCAGUACUUGCAACACGCCACUCGAGCGCAGAGGACUGGCGAAAAGAGCACACACAGGACGACCGCGAACUAACAACUGUCACAGCUCGACACUUGCAGCGCGCUGCUCAAACACAAGGAAGGACACUUGAAAAGAACGCACAGGUACACACAAGACGAGCGCGAACUAACUGUUACGGUUGUUACUUCGUGUUUGAGCAGUGCGCUAGAACUCAACGCUGUUACACUUCUUUGCUUUAAAACUGCAGCGCGUAGAGUGACCCCUCCGGGUCUCCUGACGCGUGGUGGCGUUAGACACAUUCUUUACUCGGCGUUCCACAUCGUCAGUGGCUACAGAAAGGGGCCACCUUCUAGUGCGCGUCUGAACAAAAAUGUAGGAACGUUGCUAUAAGCGCGCCCUUCGGGCAAUCUCGCGGGUGAUACUACACAUACUGAAGCACCUCUGAGCUCUGCUUGCCGUUAGCGUUAAGUAUGUAAAUAGCUCGCCGUUGUUAUGCUAAACAGCCGGAGGUGCGUGGCCGAGUUGUUUAAGGCGGUGCGCUGCGGAGCGAGGGGUCAAAGGUUCGAAUUCCGGUGGUGCGCUUAAGAAAUUUUUUCUUAUUAUUUAUUUUUCUUUGUGGCUUUUAUUUAUAUAUACAUUCAUAUACAUAUCCGGGACAUGACGGCGUCGACAGACGGCGACGGCAAAAACCAGCUGAGAGUGUCCAUAUAACUGCUAUCGCAAUAAAAGACAUUGCCUGCAGCGACAGUGCUCAAAAUAAUGGUUUCAUGCAAGAGAACAGUGGCAGCAUUCUACAGCAACAGAAACAUUUUUAAAGGACCCCUGACAGCAAAAUUUUCGUU